CCCCCCAAUAGAUCUCGUGUGGCAAAAUGUCUUCUCCUGAAAUCUCCAAGCUGUCCUGGGGAAGCAUGAACGUCGGCGGCCGCCAGUACAAGGACUGUAAGGUUUGGCCGGGAGGAAGCAGGGCGUGGGACUGGCGGGAAACCGGAACCAACCAUCAUCCCGGCGUCCAACCCGCUGACCUGGAGGAGGUGGUAAAGAAAGGUGUGGAGACGCUGGUGAUCGGCCGGGGGAUGAGCGAGGCCCUGCAGGUCCCGCCGGCUACGCUGGAGUACGUCCGAGGCCACGGCGUCGAUGUCAGGGUCCUCCAGACGGAGAAGGCGGUGGAAGAGUACAACGCACUGGCCGCGCAGGGUCUCAAAGUGGGUGGGGUCUUUCAUUCCACCUGCUGAUUGGCCGAUCACCGGCGCUGAGUUUGCCUUAAAUACAGUCAGGGGGCCGCGCUCCACGAGAGAAGAGACAUGUCGGGGGGGUCAGUCCGGAAUCUUCCAGCAGAUUGUAAAUAAUUUUAAUGAAAUUAAAUUGCUAGCUUUGGGUUCAGAAAA